AUGCUGGUGAUGGCCUUUAGGGCUGUUAGUCUGGAGGAAAAAAUUGACAUCCAACUACCCAAGGUCCGUGAUGUAAAGUAUGAGCCCCAGCUUCUUAAAGUGGAUGAUGCCAGACUUUUGCAGCUGGAUACACUAGGAAAUCCACAUUGCUAUAACCACCUAUACAGGAUGAAAGCAUUGAAUGCCAUUUGUGCCUCUGAGAUCUUAUUCCAUUCAGGUUGGCAUCCUUGUUCCCUGAUGGGUAAGAACUUCUGCUCCUAUCUGUUGGACCUUCAAAACACAAGUACCCCCUUCAAGGGUGUCCACUAUGAGGGCAUUGAUAGCCUGCUAGAUGGCUAUUUGACAGCUUAA